UUGAAUUGCACUCUUUCUUUGAUGAAUUACUCGCACAAAUUAAUUUUCGUCUUUGUUUUCGGAAAGGAAUUAUGUUUUAGAAAGGAAAGCUUCGCAUCUUGCAAUGGCUUCUCCUUCGGAUUCAUGGAUGAGGGAGUUUAAUGAAGCGUCAAAGCUUGCAGAUGAUAUUGGUGCCAGGAUUGCAGAGAGGAGCUCUUUGCCCCCCUCAGGCCCUGAAACACAGCGUCAUGUCUCAGCGAUUCGAAGGAAGAUUACGAUUCUUGGGACUCGACUUGAUAGCUUGGAGUCCCUUUUGGCCAAGCUUCCCAGUAAGCAACCCAUAACAGAGAAAGAACUGCAUCGGCGCCAAGACAUGUUCGUAAAUCUCAGAUCGAAAGCCAGUCAGAUGGCUUCUACCCUGAACAUGUCAAACUUUGGUAACAGGAACAACUUGCUUGAGCAAGAUAGUAAACCUGUUGCUGAGAUAAACCGAACCACUGGCUUGGACAAUUACGGCCUUGUUGGCCUACAAAGGCAGAUUAUGAGAGAACAAGAUGAAGGCCUCGAAAAAUUGGAGGAGACAGUAAUCAGCACGAAACAUAUUGCAUUGGCAGUCAAUGAGGAAUUAACCCUACACACAAGACUUAUAGAUAACUUGGACGAGCAUGUGGAUAUGACAGGUUCUCGCUUGCAGAGGGUACAGAAGAGAUUGGCCAUCCUGAAUAAGAAAACAAAGGGAGGUUGCUCCUGCAUGUGCUUGAUGUUAUCUGUUAUUGCCAUUGUGGUUCUGGCUGUUGUUAUCUGGGCUCUUAUCAAGUACUUAUAAUGACAAGGAAACGGGUUUUCAUCUCAAGUUGUUGUCACGGGAGUUCCAAUUGUAUCUAUAGUUUAUACUAUAUGACAGCUUGUGGCAUGCCAGCUUCCAGAAUUCUCCUAUGAGAACCAUUUGGUGUUGCUUGUGUAAUAAAACAUUGUUUAUAAUGUGGCGAGAUUUGCUGUUGAAUAUGACUUGUGUGCAUUUGGCAUUUGUGAACUACUAUGCAUUACUUGUUAUGGAGCAGAGCUUGGUGAUUCCCACUGAAUGCAGACAAGAUCCUAUAAAAUAGUGUGCUCUUCUUAGUU